GGUCAGCCCAAAGGCUUCGAGAUCACCAAUAGCAGUCUCUCGAACUGGAUCGCUUCGCCCAUAGAGCCGGAUCUUUCGCCAUGGGCCCCUUCUCCCGUGUGCCGUUGUUCGCCACGUUCGCUUCCAACGCAGCCGUGCUUGAAUGGUCGCUGGCGCUUUCUCUCGGGUUUAGCCUGUGCUUUGCCAAUACCCCUCAGGCCCUUAUCGGGGACUACCUCGCAGAUGUGAUCGACAAGAAUCCUGUGACGCACAUGCAUCUGACCCCGAAUGUGCUGGGCACUCUGCCGGCGUCGAGAAGAUUGCAGAGCCUGGAGUGCAUCAGUGUGGGCAGAGAGAUGGUCCCCGACAAUCUGAUUGAGCGUUGGAGAAAGCGGGUGACCCUGCAGAACGCCUAUGGGCCGACUGAAGCAACGGUUGUCAUGGCUCACCGACCUCAGCCCAGUUCCCUGGGUGACAUUUUGCCCUCCACGGCUAACAUCGGCAAACCGCAUUCGCCCACGGAGGUGUUUGUGUGCAACCUUCUUUCGACCGACCGCUGGCUGUCAACGAAAUCGGAGAGGUCUCUCCGGCUGGCUUGCAACUGGCCUGAGGGUGUGCACCCAUUCGAGCUACCGCAAUCGGCCCGAGCUGAAGCGGAUGCUUGGGCUCCGGGGAAUGCGUACUGUUUGCCACGGCUGUCGUUGAACACGAGCGACAAGAUGGAUCACAAGGUGAUCAAGCUGCGCAUGGAGGAGCUGAUCAGGGACGCCAAGUUUCCUCUGGGCCAACGACACCCUUCAGCACGAGCUCAGACGAAGACGAUCUUAGCCAAUGAGCCAGUGUCGCAUCAGGAAUUGACCAACAUCUGGGUCGAUCUCCUCGCGCUGAAGUCAGCGCCUUCUAGGCAGAGUAGUUUCUUCGAUUUGGGUGGUAUCAGCUUACUGGCGCAAACACUCAUCGAGAGGCUGUGCUUUGACGACUUUAUCCCGUGCGUUCAAAGUCGUGCUCCGGCCAAGAUCACAGCCCCGAGAGUGAAGCCCCCUCGGAUGUCCCGACGGUCCUCAACCAAGUCAUUUGCCCCAGGCAGCGAUGUCGACACUGUUUCAGGCGUAACGAACAUCUGGGAGUCAGUCUUGCAACUGGAUCGAGUGCAAGUGAACGCGAGCUUCUUCGAUGCGGGAGGAAACAGUCUGUUGAUGACAACUUCGCACAAGUCCAUGGUCCAGUCUUGGCCAGGUUGCGGGGUGCAGCUCAACGACCUGUUCCAAAACGCGACCAUCCAGAGCCAAGCUGGGUUCAUCAGGGUGCCGUCGCCAGCACAUAGCGCCGCACCGUCAUUGAAGGCGCGAAAGAACAGGGCGAGUGCCACUGGCAAGAAGGAGCGAGUUGCGAGGAAGGAGUCUGCCGGCCCUAGUGGUGAAAUUCCCAACCAAAUUCCUUGA